GAGAUGUAGUCCUGGCUGCCGGGCUCGCCGGCGGCCGGCGGGGCUCCUGCCGGGGACUACGUUUCCCAGGCCCCCCUGCUGCUCCGCGGGCCGCUGGCAGGGCCGGGCUGUCAAUCAGGGGACGUCAGGGCGGGCGGCGAGCGCGGGGACCCCCCCGCCCGCCUGCGCGGCCGCUCAGGAUGAGUGCGGCGGGGGCUUAAAAGCGCGGAGGCAAGUGUCAUGCGGGCCCGCCCGCGGGGCUGAGUCCGGCCGCGCCGCGCCAGCCGGCUGCGCGCCGCCGCCGCCGCCGGGAAAGGGGGGAGAGCGGGGAAGCGCCUCCAACCUGACUCCGCGAAGGGCAGCGCGCAGGACGCCGGAGGGCUGGGGCGGCCGGCGAGCGAGGCGGCGAUGCGGCGCAGAAAGGUGGCGGCGGCGGCCGGCUGCUGCCUCGCCUUCCUGCUGGGCGCGGCGCUGAGCGUGCUCUUCGUGCCCGGCGCCGAGCCCCCGCCGCCCCGCGCCGCCGCCGCCGCCGCCGCCGCCGCCCCGCCGCCGGGGGAGGCCCUGGCGCGGCAGCUCCGCGAGCGCUACGAGGAGGUGCUGCGCUACCGGCAGCCGCGCGCCGCGGCCGCGGGGCGCCGGGCGCUGCGCCCGCGCGAGCGGCGCCUCAUGGACCUGGCGCCGCCGCGCACCUCGGCGGAGCAGCCGCGGCCGCGGGCGCCCGCCGACCUCUCGCCGGAGCCGCCGCUGCUGGGCUGCCGCGACAUCCGCGAUGUCACCGGCGUGCGCUACUUGGGCUCCGGCUACACCAAAGCCGUCUACAGGGCGGUGCUCAACCGCUCGCUGGCCGUGGCGCUGAAGGCGGUGGACCUGGGCGGGCACGACAUCGCCAGCUGCGUGAAGCAGUUCGCCGCGCUGGGGGACUGCUACCGCCUGGCCGCCUACAAGGUCGUCAAGGAGAUGGUCCUGCUGCAGCGCCUGCGGCACGCCAACGUCCUGCAGCUCUAUGGCUAUUGUUACCAGGAUAGCAACGACAUCCCAGACACGCUGACGACCAUCACUGAACUAGGCUCGCCUUUAGAGAUGAUUCAGCUUUUACAGACUUCCUGGGAAGACAGAUUUCGAAUUUGUCUCAGCUUAGUUCGGCUUUUACAUUAUUUGGCUCACUCUCCUCUUGGCUCUGUGACGUUACUGGAUUUUCGCCCUCGACAAUUUGUGAUCGUAGAUGGAGAGUUGAAAGUGACAGAUCUAGAUGAUGCCAGUAUUGAAGAAAGUUCUUGUACCAGUAACAGUGACUGUUUUAUGGAAUUCCCAGCAAGAAAUUUCACUCUUCCUUGUUCUGUUGAGGGACGAUGUCAAAACAUGAAUGAAAAGAGGAAUCUCUACAAUGCCUACAGGUUUUUUUUUACGUAUCUUCUGCCACACAGUGCCCCAUCCUCACUGAGACCAUUAUUGGAUGAGAUAGUCAACGCAACAGGAGAACUUCACUGGGGAAUAGAUGAAACAGCUGCUCAACUAGAAAGAGUUUUGAAUUUGUAUAAGAGCGGAGAGUACUUACAGAACACGACUCGGAUACCGAAAACUGAGUACAAACGGGUGCCUGAAGCUUUUAUUCCUGAUGAGAACUACAGAUGCUGGCCGUCUUACCAUCAUAAGGGCUGCCUCCUUUCCGUGUUUGAUGUCAACGAAGCCAUUGAGAUCUGUGACAGCUACUCCCAGUGCAAAGCUUUUGUCUUAACUAACCAGACGACUUGGACAGGUCGGCAGCUUGUCUUCUUCAAGAUGGCCUCAAAUCAUAUCGUACCUGAUCCUGACAAGAUAACAUAUGUGAAAGUGACAGGUUGACAGCUAAAGUGGCUCAGUUUGACUCAUGAGUGACAAGAGCUGUUUGUGUAUAAAUAUAGGCCGCUGUUAUGUUUAAGACGGCUGUGGCCGGAGAGAUAAUUGCACUAUUACUCAUUCUAAUCUAUAGAGUGCUAAACAAAACUUUAAAGAAAUAACCUGCAUGACCAGGAUGAAUGUGCAAUAAAACAACAUUUUGAAAAUGUGAUUUUUAAAACAAAGCAAAAUACAAAAUAUGAUACACUGUUAGGGUAUAAUUUUGGUAAUAAAUCAGCUGGCAGCUCUAGCUUUUCUAACCAAGGUUAGCAUAAUUUUUCUAACCUGUGCAUAUUUGCACGGGGAUGAAAGCUGAUCAUUUCUAUGAGAAGUCUGCAUCCUCUGCAUUGAUAUUUAUUUGGGCAAGUACAAUCACAAUAGAGUUACUGAAACAUACCGGUUUGUAAGCUAAAUAUCAAACGUUACUGAAGACAAUCAGCAUUUGUGUUAAAGCUAUCAAAUAUGCAAGACCAACUUAUUUGUCAAAAUGAAGGAGUACUUCCUCAGUGAACUGGUUAUGUUUAGAAUUGCAAGACUAGCUAAUUUUCAUUUUUGCUUCAAGUGUUAUCAUAAAGUUUCAUUUUUAAUUUAAAAAAGCCAUGUCGUAGGUCUAGCAAAUCACAUAAGCAUAUGAAUAGUCCCACUGAAAGGGUAGGGACUUACCCAAGUGCUGAGUGCUUUGCUGAAUAGGGUUAGGCCUAAGCAUAUGCUUACAAUUAAGCCUGUGCUUAAGACUUUUGUUGAAUCAAGUUUGAAUUGUUCACUAAGCUGCAUCUUUGACAGACUGGCAAAGCAAUCCAUCUGGUGGAACAUACCAUUUUAAUGAAUAUCUUGCAAUUACUCAUAUUUUUAAUCAUCAAAUCCUUGGUUUUCUAAGGCACUGCUUGCUAAUUCUUAGAGUGAAUGAAGUAAAUGACCUUAAUAAUGGCAAAUGAAUGCUAGCCUUAAUUCUAUAUAAAAUGCAUUUGAUAGGCAUGGUGUGUCUAGAGAAUUUGCUUUCAGUGAAAGCAAUAAAGUAAAUGCUAAAGUGACCAAUGUCAUACUGUUUUGCAGUUUGUACAGUCAGGAAAAAAAAUGUGCUUUUGUUUCUUAAAUUGUUUAUUUUUGUAAAAAAAUAAUAAAUACAGUUUCUUUCAGACGUA